AUGGCCCAGGAAUUUCUCCUUGACGCGCGCAGCGACUUCGCCGCUCUAGAAACGCCCCGCGCUCCCCAUAAGCUUCAAUCGCUCACUGCACUUUCGCGCUUCGAAUUUGAAGCGGGCAAAGGAAAUGAGGGUACCAAAAUCCUGAUGGUGGAAUGGGAAAACGAUGACAUGACCAGAUCGCCCGUCGGCUCAUGGCACGUUUCUUGGGAUAAAAAGCACAUCGUUCUUCCAGCAGAUGAUCGGACGAACGACCACGUCAGACGCUGUUACUUCUUGUUGCCUCCGGGCGCGACCAUCCCGCCGGUUAUUAGCCUUACUUACGAACCUCCCCCGAACUCCGCAGAGACUGUUAGACGGGGCGGUGACUCCAUACAGAUAAAUCCCUUGCCUGCCAUAUUUCCUCCGGAGCUGGGUGCUACGGCGCGGUCAGCCGGGAAGAAGGGCGUACUGCACACUAUUUGGGCAAAGAAAAGGCUCCAAGUCCUUGAACGAGAGAUCAAAGAAGAGUCGAAGCAUAACCUGGAGGGAGUCGCACUGGCGAUGGCACUGCAAGAAAAGGAGUGGAUAGAAGCGAAUUUUGGAGUUGCCGGACGGCCACCGCCAUUGUCGCAACCGCUGAAUCUGUCCAUCAAUGUUAGCUCUGCCCCUAUGAGCCCUCGUACACCAUUGUCGCCAGGCGGAAGUAAAUUGAGUGAAAAACUAAAAGGCUUAAGACUGGAAACAAGCGAGAAGGAUCUUACCAGAAGAGCCGGCAACAUAUCAAUCCCCGGCACGAGCUUGGACCCGGGCCUUCAUCCUCUAUCGCCUGACGAACCUGAUGUAGCCAUAUCCUCUUUCAACUCUUUCGCCAAUACUCCCAUUCGCGCCUCUCCUGAGUCACAGCCGCAGCAACCCCAACAAGUCCCCAAAACCGUUUCACACGCGCCUCCAAAAUCGAUACAGCAGCACCAAGCGCAGCUUGACUCGUUUGCCUCAAUUUCUAUGCAGCCAAUGCAUAGUAUCAGACAAAACAACACUUCAAGCAGCUUAGACAUGGAUUCCGGAGACGGCCUCUUUGCUAAGGCGCUCAGUCCUCGAUCUCCAGAUAUUCCACGCAGCCCAUUCUCAUUUUCACCUGAGGAAACACUCCCCUAUGCAAUGGGCACAAGCAGAUUCUGA